CGGGUCUGGAUGGCGGGUGAGGGUGGCUUGGGGUGUCUGUCUCUCUCGGCGGUAGCGGCGGAAGUCUCGCGAGGCGGGAUUUGGCGGCAGCGGCGGUGGUGGCUGCUGCUGCCUGCUUGCCUCCCAGCCUCCCUCCCAACGAAGAGCUGGUGUUUGUGUGGAAGGGGGAGGAGGCGGCGGCGUAGCAGGAGAAGCGGGGGAAGGCAGGGGAGCGAGCGCAGCCCCAGCCCCGCCGGCGUCGGGCAGAGGCGCGGAGGAGGCCCACAGCUGCUGCCGGGGGCUGCCCCUUCCCCCACCACCAUGGCCUCGGGAGAUACCCUCUACAUCGCCACGGACGGCUCGGAGAUGCCGGCCGAGAUCGUGGAGCUGCACGAGAUCGAGGUGGAGACCAUCCCUGUGGAGACCAUCGAGACCACCGUGGUGGGCGGCGAGGAGGACGACGACGAGGAAGACGACGACGACGACGAGUGCUGCGAGGACUGCGGCCCUCACCACCCGCCCCACCGCCGCCACCAUCACCACCACCACCACCACCCGCCCAUGAUCGCCCUCCAGCCGCUCGUCACCGACGGCGACCCCAGCGGCGGCGGCGGGGUGGUGGGCGUCGGGCCCGGCGGCGGCGGCCAGCUCCACCUGCACCACCACCCGCACCACCAGGAGGUGAUCCUGGUGCAGACCCGCGAGGAGGUGGUGGGCGGCGACGACUCGGACGGCCUGCGGGCCGACGACGGCUUCGAGGACCAGAUCCUCAUCCCCGUGCCGGCCCCGGCCGGCGAGGACGAGUACAUCGAGCAGACCCUCGUCACCGUGGCGGCGGCUGGCAGCAAGGGCGGCGGAGGGGGCUCUUCGUCCGGCGGCGGCGGCCGGGUGAAGAAGAGCGGCGGCAGCGGCAAGAAGAGCAGCAAGAAGAGUUACCUGACCGGCGGCGGAGGGGCCGAAGGGGGCGGCGGCGGCAGGAAAUGGGAGCAGAAGCAGGUGCAGAUCAAGACCCUGGAGGGGGAGUUCUCGGUCACCAUGUGGGCCUCGGAUGACAAAAAAGACAUUGACCACGAGACUGUGGUCGAGGAGCAGAUCAUCGGAGAGAACUCGCCGCCGGACUACUCGGAGUACAUGACCGGAAAGAAGCUCCCACCUGGAGGAAUCCCGGGCAUUGAUCUCUCAGACCCCAAACAGCUGGCUGAAUUUGCAAGAAUGAAGCCAAGAAAAAUAAAAGAAGAUGAUGCUCCAAGAACGAUAGCAUGUCCUCACAAAGGCUGCACAAAGAUGUUCAGGGAUAACUCUGCCAUGAGGAAGCAUCUGCACACUCACGGGCCACGAGUACACGUUUGCGCAGAAUGCGGCAAAGCCUUUGUGGAGAGCUCAAAGCUAAAGCGGCAUCAACUAGUUCAUACUGGAGAGAAACCCUUUCAGGCCAGGCCUCAGAGGUUUUGUAGGUGUGGGAUGUCUUUCCCUGAUAAGUCAUACUGUCUAGUUUGCCAGAACAAGAUGUACAAACUGGACAACACCAUAAACAAAUUUGCACGUUCGAAGGAUGUGGCAAACGCUUUUCACUGGACUUCAAUUUACGCACACAUGUGCGAAUUCAUACUGGCGACAGGCCCUAUGUGUGCCCUUUUGAUGGCUGCAAUAAGAAGUUUGCUCAGUCAACUAACCUGAAAUCUCACAUCUUAACACACGCGAAGGCCAAAAAUAACCAGUGAAACUGCAAGAAGAAAGGUCUUGAACUCAAAGCAUCUUACCUUACAGGAGAAUGAUUGGGAAUAAAUAAGCCUCCCCUUUAUAUAUUGUUUCUAGGAAAGAAUUUAAAAAAAGAAAAAAAGCCCUACAUGCCUAAAGGACUUGUUUUUGAUAAAGUAGCAAAAAUAAACUUUAAGACUUCUUUGCUACGAUGCUCGAUUUUGCUCUGUAAUUGGUUCCGAGAGCAUGGUGUUUUUGUAAAGCGUGGCCCCAUCUGAAGGAGGCAGACAGUUCAUGGACUUGCAUCAGAGACAGUUCUUUCUACAACAGUGCUAAAAUUGGACUUUUCACAUUCUUAUAAAUACGAAGCUCACCUGUUGCUUACAAUUUUUUAAUUUUGUAUUUUCUAAGUGUGCAUAUUGUACACUUUUGGGGGAUAUGCUUAGUAAUGCUAUGUGUGAUUUUUUUCUGGAGGUUGAUAACUUUGCUUGCAGUAGAUUUUCUUUAAAAGAAUGGGCAGUUACAUGCAUACUUCAAAAGUAUUUUCCUGUAAAGAGAAAAAAAGUUAUAUAGGUUUUGUUUGCUCUCUUUAAUUUUUUUGGUUGUAUUCUUUGAUGUUAACACAUUUUGUAUAAUUGUAUCGUAUAGCUGUAAUGAAAUCAUGUAGUAUCAAAUAUUAGAUGUGAUUUAAUAGUGUUAAUCAACCUAAACCCAUUUUAGUCACUUUUUUUGGGAAAAAUACUGCCAGAUGCCGAUGUUCCGUGUACUUUCUCUUUGCCUGUUCAGUUAAGGAAAGUGGUGCUCAGUUGUAGAAUGUAUUGUACAGGCACUGACCUUUUAACACCUGAUAUGUACAUCCCGUGUAAUAGAGUGGGCAACAAUAAAACAGUGGUCCUGAAGAAAGAAUAUGGCAGAAAAUUAUCUGUAAGCACAGCCUAUUUUCUUCUGUUGUCCAGAACAAAUUAUAGUUCUUUAACCUCCCAGGAAAUUGGAAGCUAAAUAAAACACAAGUUACCUUUA